AUGGCCGGCAUGCUGCAAGUGUCGGGAGGCCUGGAAAUGCCCCGCGCGAGGAGGGAGGCCGACCCGCUCCUGCACGAGCAGCCCAGGACGGGGAACCCGUACACCGAAGACGCUUUGCUUCGGAGCUACCUGAAAAGGCACCUUCCUCCUCAGCAGAAGCAAUAUAGUGACCUGGAGAGCCACCAGGUACAGGAGGAGGUGAGUCAGGACCUGGAAAGAUUUGGAAACCGUCUGAUAACCGAGAUCCAACCUCUAGCAUGGGAAUGUGCGUUGAAUCCUCCCGUAUUUCGGCAGUAUGAUGCCUGGGGGGAGCGGCUGGAUCAUAUUAUCACCUGCUCAGCCUGGAAGAGGAUAAAGGAAAUCUCAGCAGAAGAGGGCCUAAUUGCUGAGGCUUAUGAGAGAAGAUACUCCAACUGGAGCCGUGUGCAUCAGGCUAUCAAACUCUACUUAUUUUCAAACUUCUCUGGAGGUUUCAACUGUCCUCUGGCCAUGACGGAUGGAGCAGCCAAAGUCAUUGAGUCGCUGGGUGUUCCUGGAUCUCUGAAACAUGUUUUUGGCCAUCUGACAACCCGUGACCCGAAGAAGUUCUGGACCUCUGGCCAGUGGAUGACGGAGCGCCGGGGAGGCUCCGAUGUUGCUGAUGGCACAGAGACACUGGCCAGAAAGCAGCCAGAUGGUACAUAUCAUCUCCACGGCUUUAAAUGGUUUACAUCAGCUGCUGAUUCAGAUGUGACAUUGACCCUGGCGAGGAAAGAGGAUGCUCGAGGACAUGUAAACCAGGGUUCUGGAGGUCUGUCCCUGUUCUUCUUGAAGGUCCAAGAUGAGGAUGGGAAGCUGAACAACAUCAAAGUGCAAAGGCUGAAGGACAAGUUGGGUACACGCCAAAUGGCAACAGCAGAGCUAUGGCUAGAUGGAGCCAAAGCAGAGCUAAUCUCUGCAGAGGGCCGUGGAGUGGCCUCCAUCUCCCACAUGCUGAACAUCACUCGGAUCCACAAUACCAUUGGUGCAGUAGCUGCCAUGAGAAGGAUGAUCAGCCUGAGCAGGGAGUAUGCCCUGCGGCGAGUUGCCUUUGGGAAGCUCCUUAAGGACCAUCCCCUCCACAUGCAGACAAUAGCCCGGAUGGAGGUGCAGACCCGAGGGGCCUUUCUUCUGGCUAUGGAGGUAGUGAGACUGCUUGGACUUGUAGAAACCAACAUGGCAAGUGAGCAAGACAAGCUUCUCCUGAGACUGCUGGUACCAGUAGCCAAACUUUACACUGGGAAACAGGCUACUGCUGUUGUUAUUGAGGCCAUGGAGACUUUUGGGGGACAGGGCUACAUGGAGGACACAGGCCUGCCAGUCAUAGUCCGAGAUACGCUGGUGCUGCCCAUAUGGGAGGGAACAACAAAUAUUCUGUCACUUGAUGUCCUGCGAUCCCUCACUAAGAGUCAAGGGCAGGUGAUGGCUGUGUUCCUCUCCACAGUGCAGAGAAAACUGGACUCGGCUUCUCGCAAUGAGAAACUGGAAGCUGCCGUGAAGCUGGUGCGGGAGGCUGUCCGACUAGUCCAGAGCGCCGGCUCCAAAGGGGUAGCAACCAUGGAGAUAGCAGCAAGAGACUUCUCUUACUCCCUAGCGAGGAUCUAUGCAGGUGCUCUUUUAAUUGAACAUGCAGCGCAGCCCGAUUCCUCCUCCACGGACGUCUCUGCUGCUCAGAGGUGGUGCAACCAGGAGCUGUGUCCUGUCAGCACGGAGCUGAAAAACAGCAGCUAUGAUGCCCAGGCAGCGUUCAUGGACAGCUGCCUGGUGUACGACGGGAGCCCUGUCGCACACAGCAAGCUGUGA